CACCAACUCCCAUUUCUACUUCAAACUCGUAAUAUUUUUCUCUUUCUAAAAAAACGAUUCCUUACCAUUUCAAUAAAACCCUUUCCCUUCUCCCUCUCUCUCUCUAAAAGAAGUCGAUCCCUUUGUUGAAAAGGGAAAGGAGGAGAAAACAAUGGCGAUUGUGGAGGAAGGUAAGGAGUUUGAGAUGUGCGUUGUGUUCGGUGGUCGAGGAUUCAUCGGGAAACCGCUUGUCGAUAGGCUUCUUCGACUCGGCAAUUGGAUCGUACGAAUCGCCGAUUCUUUCCCCACUAUUCAACUUGAACCCUCUGAGUCCCUCCUUUCCCAUGCCCUUUCUUCUGGACGCGCUUCAUAUUUCCAUGUCGAUGUUCGUCAUAAAUCCAAUAUUAUUACAGCUAUUGAUGGUGCAUCAGUUGUAUUCUACAUGGAUGCUAGGGACUCAUACGGUCAUGAUUUUUAUAUUAGCUACACAAUUGUUGUUCAAGGUGCCAAGAAUAUCAUUGCUGCCUGUCAAGAGUGUAAAGUCAAAAGGCUAUUAUACAACAGUUCUGCUGAUGUAGUUUUGAACAGCUGGCAGGAUAUAAAUGGUGGGGAUGAGUCCUUACCAUAUUCCAGUAAAUUUGUGAACAUGGUAACUGAUCUUAAGGCUCAAGCAGAGGCUCUAGUUUUAGUUGCAAAUGAUGCUGAUGGCCUUCUUACUUGCGCACUUCGUCCCAGCUAUGCUUUUGGACCCGGAGACAAUUAUCUCUCUUCUUUGCUGGUCGGUGUUGCAAAAUCUGGCUGGGGCAAGUUUAUUAUAGGACUUGGUGACAAUAUGACCGACUUCACCUAUGUGGAGAAUGUUGCCUAUGCACAUAUAUGUGCAGACAAAGCUCUAAAUUCUAGGGGGAGUCAUGUAUGUGGCAAGGCCUUUUUCAUCACUAAUCUCAAGCCGAUGAAGUUCAAGGAUUUUGUAUCUCUUGUAUUUCAGAGAUUGGGAUAUCAAAGGUCGAUUAUCAAGAUUCCUGAUAUGGUUACCCAAUAUGUUACUUUGAUCAUAAAAUGGACUGUUUCAAGGAUGAGCAACUGGAGUACCGAGAAUGUUCCAGUUUUUGAUAUUAUUGAAUUAGCAUUGUGCCAUAGGAAAUUUAAUUGCUCGGCAGCUCAGAAAUAUAUUGGAUAUUCUCCAGUUGUUUCCCUUGAAGAAGGAGUUGCUGUAACCGCUAAGUCCUCUCAAUUAACCAGAGAGUCAUCUUUCUCAAGCUAUAGUGACACCGAUGAGGAGUCAAAAGUGCAUAAACUUCUAGGAGGUGGAAAAGUUGCAGAAAUCUUACUGUGGAGAGAUGAGCAGAGAACAUUUACUUGUUUUCUUUUGCUGGUUUUCAUCCAUUACUGGUUCUUUCUGUCCGGGAGGAGUUUUCUUUCAUCUCUUUCCCAGCUUUUACUAAUGAUUGCUGUUGCUCUCUGGGGAUACAGCAUUCUGCCACCAACAAUAUAUGGGAUUUCAGUUCCCAGAAUAUCAUGGUCCUUCUUUGAGAUCUCUGAAGUGGAUAUGAGAAAUUGCUUUUACAACGUAGCAUAUAUGUGGAACAGAGUGAGUCAUUUAGCAAAAUUACUUGCCCAAGGAGAGGAUUGGCAUAUAUUUCUGAAGGCUGCAAUACCCCUAUAUGUUUUGAAGUUGGUUAUUUCGGAUUGCUUGACUUUUGCACUUGGUGUAGCACUAGCACUGGCAUUCACUUCAUUCCUCAUUUAUGAGCAGUAUGAGGAUGAAAUUGAUAGUACAGCAAAUGUAAUAUUCAGCAUAUUAAAAGUUGCCUUUACCCUGCUGAUGAGGAGGUUACCCUUGCCUCAGGCAUUGCUGUAUUCUGAUUCAGAAAUCGGAUCUUCUAGAUUGAAUAUCAAGCAAUGAGAUGCUAGAUAUGCAAGCGAGAUAUGAGAAUGACAAGCGCGACGGGAGGGGGCAGGUGAGACUUUUUUAUGCAUACGAGAUACUUGUGAAGCACAUUAGAUAUACCUAUACAUGUAUCUGGGAUAGCGAAUACAAGAUCGCGAUAUUAUAAUGACGAAUGAGGUGGGACAGAGGCAAAUAAGAUUUGUUUGUUUAUUUCAGGUAUAUGUGAACUAAACUAUACACAUGUAUUUUAUGUGAUUUACAUGUAUGUGAGAUACCAAAUAGCGGAGUGAUAUAUGAUACUGAUGAGCGAGAGGGGAGGGAGGAGGAUAAGAUUUGUCUAUUUAUUUUAGAUACAUGUAAAUAACACUAUAUACAUGUACUUGGUGUGAGUUACACAUAUUUGAGAUACCAAAUAUCGGAGUGAGAUACGA